AUGCCCUCCGUCCUCCUCCCGCCCGCGGCACCCACAGUCCGCAAACGCGCCCCGGUGGUCGUCGGCCCCACAAACAAGACCCCCCUCCGCCCAACCAACAAGCUCCCGCAGGACCUCAUCGAGACCGCACGCGCGGCUCCGAAGAUCGACUUCGACGCGUCCAAGCACGUCUGCUUCGAGCCCCCGAAGAGGACGUACACCAUGGAGGAGUGGGGCUACGGCGACCAGGGCGUCUCCCCCAUCGCCUCCUCGGACCCCUUUCCCCUGUUUACCCCGGAGGCCGUGCAGCAGGUCAGGCGGGAGCUCUUUAGCGAGCAGGUUCUGGACAAGUGCCAGUUCUCGUCGACUUUUACGAAGAAUCAGUUGAGAGGGUACUCUAGAGAAGCCGCACCGUUCAUCCACGCCCUGUGGAAGAGCGACGAGGUACGGAACGCCGUGUCGCAGGUCGCGGGGAUCGACCUCGUCCACGCCUUCGAGUACGAGAUCGGACACAUCAACAUCAUCGUCAACAGCGACGAGGACGCGGGGAAGGCCGGCGGCGACAACGUCGGGUUCUCGUGGCACUACGACAGCUUCCCCUUCGUCUGCGUCACCAUGCUCUCCGACUGCUCCAACAUGACCGGGGGCGAGACCGCCGUGAAAAAGGGUGACGGCGAGGUCCUGAAGGUGCGGGGGCCCACGAUGGGCACCGCGGUCAUCCUGCAGGGCCGCUACAUCCAGCACGCGGCGCUCAAGGCGUUCGGCAAGGAGCGCAUCUCGAUGAUCACGCCGUUCCGGCCCAAGUCGCCCUUCGUCCGCGACGAGCUCGUGCUCACGGGCUCCCGCCCCAUCAGCGACCAGUCGAUGUUGAUGUACGACUACACCAUGUACCGCGCCGAGGUUCUCGAGGAGCGGUUCCGGGAGGUGCAGAGGAGGUUGAGGAGGCGGAUGGAGGCGGGGAAGAAGUUUGAUGUGGAGGAUAUGAGGGAGUUUCACGCGGAGCAGAAGGAGAUGCUGGAGGCUACCCUGGCGGAGAUGAUUCCCAUUUAUGACGUGGUUUAG